UUCGGGCAAAGAUAGAGUAUUUUGGAGGGUCUGCUUGUCUUCUUUCGGUCCUUCCGCUUGCCAAUUGCGGUCUACGUACCUGUUGGAGAAGAUUCAUAUCUAUCUCGAUAUUUCCUCAUGGUACUCUUUUUUUGUGCUCGCUUUUUACGCUUUUGCACAGUACCUCACUGCAUCCUUUUCUCAAUUUUUUUUUGUUUGUUGUUGCUUAAUUCAGAAAUGCUUCGAAUAAUAUUCUCAACAGUGGGCAGGUGAAAUUGGACAGACAGCGCGAAAUCUAGUGAUCGAAUCGACUGAUGAACGACAAGAAGCAUCCAUCCGUUCCAUUUUGAUUAUUUCCUCAGCUCCUUUCAGUCAGAGGGUAUUCAGCAAACGGUUGUACAUAAUAAGAAACCCCUCAGGAGAAUUCGGAAAUAUAUAUAUAUAUAUAUAUAUAAUAGACACGAUGGACGCACAAGCCGCCGCAGCACAAUUUCCACCCGGAUAUCUGGAAAAUUAUAACGGACACAAACUCGUCGUUACGUGUAUCGCUUGUAUUACCUUGAAUAUAUUCUUCGUCUUUGCGAGAUUUGUUUCCAGGUGGCUUCAUAACACACCGCGGGGUUGGGAUGAUUUUCUCAUGGUGCCAGCCUUAAUAUUUUCCGUGUUGCUUGCUGCUCAGGGUCUCGUCGGAAUAAAUUACUGCGGAGUAGGCCACCAUAUUGAAGCUAUUGAACUGAGCGCUCCCUCCAAACUCCUCGCCCUCUACAAACUCUUAAUGUUCUUCCCCGCCACCUACGCCAUCGCCGUCACCUUUCCCAAACUCUCCAUCCUCGCCAUGUAUCUCCGUAUCUUCACGGUUCCAUUUUACCGCAUGAUAACCUACUUUGUGAUCUACAUCCUCGUCAUAUCAUCCACUAUUUUAUUCAUGAUGAUGCUCUUCCAAUGCACGCCUGUUGAUUAUUUCUGGGACAAAACGAUUGUGGGAGGAAAAUGUCAUUUUGAUAUCGAAAAGCUAUUUUUAUAUGCUAGUUUACCGAAUAUUAUAACCGAUAUCGUUAUGUUACUAUUACCAUUACCCUUUAUUUUCAGACUCAACAUGACAAGAAAGGUGAAGAUCGGAUUGGGCGUUACCAUACUCACCGGAUCAAGCGGUCUCGCGACAUCUAUUCUCCGUUUCGUCUCUUUCGCGCAUCAAUCCUUAUUCCCAGAUACUCCCCGCGCAGCCGUCGAUCUCGCCUUAUACACUAUCCUCGAAACGAGCAUGUACAUAAUUGCCGCAUGUCUCCCCGCCUGUCGACCCCUCUUCAACAUAAUAUUGCACCCCUCGCGAAACAUGCCACAAGACCAAAAAGACGGUCUAAAUUCCCCCAGAGAGCACGCCCGAACUCUACACGACGAUAUCGAGCUCCAGCAAACCAGCGAGACCAGCAGCGGUAGCGAAAACGGAAACGGAAACGGAAACGGAAACGGAAACGGAAGUACAGGAGGACGCUACCACGGCAUCGGCGACGGCUUCCGAGGUAUGCAGGGUCGAUUCAAGCGACUAGGCUCCGACGCCGGUUUAUUUCUCGGACGGAGAGAUGUUUCUCCUCCGCCCCCCUCACCUCAACCAUACCCGCACUCCCAAUCUUCCUCGGGCCCCUCUCACUCCCCCCAAACCCAAGAGCGCGAUCCGGACCGUCAAUUUUCAGAGCAGGCAGAGGGACGUUUCGGGCUCGGUCUCUCAAAAUUCCGGUCUCCGUCUCGGGAGCGAAGCUUCAAAGCUCCCGUUUUCAAACAACCAUUUCGGGCGCCCGAGCGUGUGCACAUAGCGAAUAUGCAUGUGGGACACAUGCAGAUGAGUCCCGAGGAGGAUAAAGAGCGUCAAGGGGGACAAACGAGAGAUGGGAUUCGGGUCAAACAGGAGUUUGAUGUAUAUUAUGAUCGGCCGCCUGUACGAUAA